GUUAAAUGUAGGUUACCAGAAUCUUUAAAUAGACGAACUGCGAAGUAGUUUAAAAACAGGAAGUUCAUUCAUUUGAUGUGUUUGUCGAGUGAGUAGAAUUAUUUAAUAUUGCGGAUGAAAUCACAAUUGGUGUGAAACAGCACAAUCUCAAAUAUAUAUAACCGACUUGAUUAAAUAACUUACUCAUGGAAUACAUGUACAUGCAUGUAAGAAGAAAAGGAAAAGAUUGAUUUCACUAGGACAAUAAUAAUAAGCGAUGGCAGAAACAGGGAAUUACCUUAUGGUUGCUGCUUUAGACUUUGGUACGACAUACUCAGGUUAUUCAUUUUCCAUGAGAGAUGAAUUCGUUAAAGAUCCAUUAAAGAUACAAGCUAACCCUGUAUGGAAGGCCGGAAGUCGACAAUUUAUGUCAAUGAAAACUCCGACAUGUCUUUUAUUAGAUGGUAAACGAGAGUGUGUUGCCUUCGGGUACGAUGCAGAGAACCAGUGGGCAGAUUUAUUGUUAGAUGGAGAACACGAGGAAUACUACUAUUUUGAACGUUUCAAAAUGAAUCUACAUAAUAAUAAGAAUAUCACAAGUGGCAUGAUGUUAGAUGAUAUAACUGGUACAAAACGAUUGCCAGCUUUUGAUGUGUUUAAAUUUUCAAUCCAAUAUUUAGUGAACCAUUUGUUAGAUAUUUUGAAAACACGUGGUAAUGUAGUCCGCCAUAACGAGGUUCAAUGGGUCCUCACAGUUCCUGCAAUUUGGACAGAUCGAGCAAAGAAGUUUAUGAGGUCUUGUGCUGAAGCGGUAAGCGAAUGA